UCGUCGACUUGUGACGGCGGCGGGUUUUACUGGAGCGGAGGCGCAUUUCCUCUUCGCUCGGGGGAAGGCGCAGCUGGUCGGAGGAGGAAGCCGUGAGAACUUGGCGAGAGAGGAGAUGGGGAAGGGCGGCGAGCUGUGGGACGACUCGGCGCUGGUGGACGCCUUCGACCACGCCGUCGCCACCUACAAGGCAAUGCAUGGCAAGAACAACCAAGGUGCUCCAUCUGAGAAACAAGAGUCAGAAGAUGUAGCUGCUGCUGCCGCGUACGCUGCCGCUGCUGUUGCAGAAGAACCUGUCUCUACUGAAGUGGCAGAUGAGCAAACAGAGAAAAAUGACAGCUGCACUAACUUACCCAUUGGUCCAGUGGAGACACCACAGCAGCCCUGUGAGGAAAGAAAUACCGAUAAGCAAGCUCCUCUUCAAGAAACUGAUCUGGGCAAAGAGACAAAGAUCUCUGAAUCUAAGACAUGCUUCUCAGAUGUCACCAAUACCGAGGGAAAGGAUAGUUCAAACCAGCAGAUAGAGGACUACAAUGAAUUACUCAGGAAGUACUAUGAACUUGAGGUGCAAAGCCAGAAAGUUCUUGAGCAAUUACAUCAGACAAAUUUUUGGAAUUAUCAAACCCCUGAACAAUCUUCAGCAUACCAACAGCAGCAAGUUCCUGCUUACAUUGCCACAGCACCAGAUCCAAACUCUUCAACCACUCAAACCUCAUGCUGCUCCUUGAAUGUUCCCAUGGUUUCAAUCUCCUGCUGUUCAACUGGGCAACAAAGUGGUGAUUCCUCUGGUAUGCCACCUAAUGGAGGCUGCAGCAUAUCAUUCACUUGUGAUCAUUGCCCUGGAGCAAGCACUACAUAUCCUACUGGUGCAGCCUUCACGCAGCUCCCAACUAAGGUAUCUACUGGCGAUGAUCAAGUUGCUAAGGCUGCAAUGAUGACUGCUGAAGGUGCCAUGAAUUUCAUGAGAAAUACAAUAUCUGGAGAUGCUGCCUCCUUUCCAAACAUAGGAAAUGAAGGUGGAAUUGGAAAGGAGAAUAACACAACUUUGGGCAUGAACCUGAAUUUAGACACCACAGGAGCAGACAGUGAUCUCGCUGUCGUACUGAAUGCAUGGUAUACAGCAGGGUUUUACACUGGCAGGUACCUCAUGCAGCAAUCGAUGAAAAAUCCCCGAGAAAAUUGAGUGCCAAAAGCCAUAUAGAGGCUCACCAAGGAUCCCAUUCACUUCGGGAAGAACUGAAAUAUGCACUCAAAUUAUGAUGUAACUGAACAUGCUGAUGGAGUUCUGCAACCACUGUUUUAUGCCAGCCAGUACUUUUUCAAGCAAGUAUUAGGGUAUUCUUACAUAUGAAUAUGGAUUUGCUGUGAUUUGCAGUAAAUGCUUGUCUGGAUAGGUAAGGAUUGGCUCAACCCCUUCAGAUUGGCAGGAAUUGUUGCCUGCCUAUUCAACUAAGUUCCAAGUGGGUAAAGAUGACGUAUUCAUGACCGUGUCGCCCAAAUUUGUGAAAUACAGUACUACCCACUAUGGAUAUAUAUUAGCUGAAUCCACUUCUCCAGUGUAAUGAAAAUUGUAAUGUGUAAACUACUUUCUUCAGGUAGCCAUUUGUGCCAUGUGCACAGCUUUCAUCA